AUGAGCACCACCAUCGAUACGUUCAUUUAUCUCAAAAGAGAUAUUGAACAAUCAUUUCAACGUGUUCAAGCCAUCUCUAAUUCUUCUCAAUAUGAUCAACAAGAACUUGAUCAGCUAUUUAAUCAUAUCUCUUGUACUCUUGAUGAUUUACAAAAAAUAAAUCAAUCUGUAAAUAUUCCAUUACCUGAUCUAUCGGAAAAUGAGAAUGAUUCUGAAGGAGAAAAUACAGAAUUUAUUUCACAAAAACAUUUUACUGUUAGUUAUUCCAAAGAUUCAAAUAUAAAUAAUGGCACAACAUAUGAAGAACGUGAAGAUUUUAUUCGUCGUAUGAAAACAGAAUUAACUUAUUAUAAAAGUAAAAUUCAACCAACUAAAAAAGAAAAUCAAAUGGAAAUAAUUCGUCUUGAUCAAGCACCAGAAGAAGAAGACGACGACGAUGGACAUGAAGAUCAUAUUAUUCGUAAACAAGAUCAACAACUUGAAGAUAUGCAUCAUUCGAUAGUGUCAUUAAAAAAUUUAACAAAAAAUAUUAAUUUUGAAAUUAAUGAUCAUAUAAAUAUUUUGGAUACUCUUGAAACAGAUAUGGUUAAUAGUCAUAAUCAUAUAGAAAAUUUAACAAAUCGAACAAAAAAUUUCAUACGAACGUCAGCUGGUGGUGUGGGUGGACAUACAUGUUUAUUUGCUGUUGCUAUUGGUCUUUUUUUCUUGAUUAUUAUUUUGAUUCUUUUUUUCUAA